GCCAAUCAACAAAGAGAUCCUGAUCGUCUCCAGGGUCUAGCACUACGUCGCCGGCCAUGGACGACUCGACGUACAACGCCAUCCUCCUGGCCCUCCUGGCGGUGUCCAUGAUCUACUUCUUCAAGCCCGGGUCGACCCGCCGGCUGCCGCCGGGCCCGCGCACGUUCCCGAUCAUCGGGAGCGUGCACCACUUGGUGAACACCCUGGUGCACCGCAGGCUCCGGGACCUGGCGUCGGCCCACGGGCCCAUCAUGACGCUCAAGAUCGGGCCGAUGCCGCUGGUCGUCGUCACCUCGCGGGACCUGGCCCGGGAGGUGCUCAAGGUGCAGGACCCAAACUUCGCGAACCGGCCCAGGCUCCUGGUGGGCGGCAUCUGCGGCUACGGCUGGACGGACAUCAUCUUCGCCCCCACCAGCGACUACUGGCGCAAGAUCCGCAAGCUCUGCAUCCACGAGAUCCUCAGCCCCAAGCGCGUCCUCCAGUUCCAGUUCAUCCGGGAGGAGGAGGUCCAGAGGCAGCUGGAGCUCGUCCGUGCCGCCGGCGGGGAGCCGGUGGACGUGACCAAGAUGGUGUACGACAUCAGCAGCCGGACCAUCUCCCGGUCGGCGUUCGGGGAAGUGAGGCCCGACAUGCCCGUGUUCCAGCACGCCAUCAAGCGUGUCGUGGGCCUGUCCAGCGGGUUCAACGUGCCCGACCUGUUCCCCAGCCUCAGGGAGGUGCUCGGCGAGGCCACCGGGAUGAAGCGGAAGCUCCGGGAGAUCCAUGGCACGUUUGAUGAUAUACUCGUGGACAUCAUCGAGGGCAGGAGGAAGGUGCGCUCCGAGAGGGUCGCUGCCGGCAAGGACCUUGUUGACGAGAACGUCGUGGAUGUGAUGCUCACUUUGCAGAAGGGCGAUAACCCCUGGGGCUUCCCCGUCACGGACAACACCAUCAAAGCCGUCGUACUGGAUAUGUUCGCGGGUGGCACGGGGACGUCCGGGUCGUCGACGGAGUGGGCCAUGUCGGAGAUCAUGCGGACACCGCGGGUGAUGAGGAAGCUGCAGGGCGAGGUCCGGCGCGCGUUCCACGGGAAGGAGAGCAUCAGCGAGACGGAGCUCCGGAGCAACAGCGUUCGGUACCUGAAGCACGUGAUGAAGGAGGCGAUCCGGCUGCACCCGGCGGCGCCGCUGCUGGUGCCGAGGGAGAGCAUCGAGACGACGGAGCUCGGCGGCUACGUGGUGCCGGCAAAGUCGAGGAUGGUGGUGAACGCGUGGGCCAUCUCGAGGGACCCCAGGUACUGGAAGGAACCCGAGGAGUUCGCGCCGGAGAGGUUCGAGGCCGACGGCGCCGUGGAUUUCCACGGGCUCCACUUCGAGUUCACGCCGUUCGGGGCCGGAAGGAGGAUGUGCCCAGGGUACAACUACGGGCUCGCCGGGAUGGAGCUCACGCUGUUUCAGCUCAUGUACCACUUUGAUUGGACGCUGCCACCCGGCGUGGAGGAGGUGGACAUGGAGGAGUCCAUGGGGCUUGGCGUCCGCAGGAAGAACCCACUCAUGCUCUGUGCCACUCCCUACGUCGUCCCUCCGCCUUCGGCUCCCGUGGCUUCCACAUGAUGCUGCUGCUGCUGCCGCCUUCACCGUUGCUUAAUUACCAGGGAGGGACACAGGGCACCGGUGUUCAUGUGUAUACUACUAGCGAACAGCCUGUUGUGUAUUUGCUGCCACGAGGCAAAGUGCACAGAGCCACAGAGAAAUGAUAUAUGUACUGCAUGCUCUGAAACACGAAUAUGAUUGGCCGUGAAAAACAAGUGGAGAUUGGAGACAGGUGUUUAGUCCCAAGACGCUCAUGGAGUAGGAAGGAUGCAUUUAUGGUCGGUAAGCUUCAAAAAGAUUCUAGUAGUACAGUACAUGGUGAUGGCCUUGCUGCUUUAA